AUGAUCGCCGGCACGCUGGUGGCCGUCGUCAGCUGUUGGUCGCUGUUCGUUGCCGCCGCCGCCGCCGCCAAACACGGUUCCAACGCGCGUUCGGUGCACUCGGACGGAGACCUCGUUCGGCGUUACAGCACCAGUUCUGCCGGCGGUGAACACUGCUGCUCCGGACAAUCCUCGUCAACCACAGAGGUCGUCGCUGACGACACCGCGAAUCUGGGAGAGAUUCCAUUGAAUGUUAUAAUGGAACUGAACCAGGUAACAAAUGUUUCAGAACUAUUCAACAAAUACAUGCCAGAUACUGAUAUGGAUGAAGCUCAAAGACGAUUUAUCACAACAGGUUUUCAAAGUCGUACUGUGAUAAACUUGGAAAGAAAAGCAGCGUUUAUACCUAAGCCGGCAAGUUGUUCUGUUGGAAGUCAAACGAUUAGCCUAAAAGACACCGACGAUCGAAGUUUGUAUUAUUUCCCUUCGUGCACACGAGUAGACCGAUGCGGAGGAUGUUGCAGUCACGACUUAUUGGCCUGUCAACCAACUAAAAUCGAGACACUCCACUUCGAAGUAUUGGUGUCGCAGUAUAACGGAGAAGGGAAAUUAGAAUUCAAAGGUAGAAAAACGGUGGCAAUCGACCGACAUUUGAAGUGCAAGUGUGGAUGCGUCAUUAAAGAAGAAAACUGUGGCCCGUUGCAGAUAUAUAAUGCCAAAGAAUGUCUCUGUAAGUGCAGCAACGAAGAUGAAGAAGAGAAGUGUAACGACGAACACGAUUUAAAGCAAUGGAACUCGGCGACAUGCAAGUGCGAAUGUCGUGAAAUCAAAGAAUGUACUUCGGGAUAUGGAUUUGACAAUUAUACUUGCGGGUGUGAACCCAUAAGAAUAAGAACAAAAAAUACUGGUGGUACUCAAUUGAACAGAAACAAAUAUUCAUUAGUAGUGUCAUGA